GAUUAAUUGCUCCCCUGGGACAAACUGGGGAGGUUUCCAGCAGGCUCUGUUUGACGGGCCCUUGUUAAAAGCUUUUGCAUGUUGAAUGUGGAUCUGUACGAGAUCUUGGCUCGUUGUGGGGGUGGAAACGAAGACUUUUUUCUCACUGCUAAUGCGUUGUCUCUUUUUUCUGUUAGGUGUGUGAUGUCAAACAGUGGGCAGUCCUUGCGGCCUCCCCCGCCAGCCUGCAGUGUCAUGUGCCAGUAUGAACAUUAAGAAGGAAAACCGUACUUCAGAGCUCAGCAUCCCAGAAAGAAGAAAGGAGGAACUGACUGCAUUGCUUGUAAAACUUGGGGCCGUUCACUUUUUCUCCUGAGAAAUUUCAUCUUGGCCUUUGUGAGAGAGCUGAAAGAGCAGGCAGAGCAGCCGCAGUGAUUUUCUUAGGGUCCUUUUUUUCUUUCUUAAUUUAAUUUUUUUCCCCCUCGUGCCUGGAUUUUAAGACUGUCAGCUGCACUGAUCACAAGCACUGGACAUCAAUAUGUGUCAUGUCAUUGUAACGUGUCGGUCGAUGCUAUGGACUCUCCUGAGUAUUGUGGUGGCUUUUGCAGAGCUCAUUGCUUUCAUGAGUGCGGACUGGCUGAUAGGCAAAGCAAAGCCUUCAAGCUCGGAGGAUGUGGACAACAGAACGGGGGGGUCGCAGGAGCCUUACCAUCCGACGCUGGGCAUUUACGGGCGCUGCACCAGAAUCUCCCACAUGCAGCUUUCUAGACGAGACACGCUUUGUGGUCCUUACGCCGAAAACUUCAAUGAGAUUGCCAGUGGGUUCUGGCAGGCAACAGCUAUUUUCCUAGCCGUGGGAAUCAUGAUUCUCUGUGCUGUGGCGUUUGUGUCUGUCUUUACUAUGUGUGUGCAGAGUAUUAUGAAGAAAAGCAUUUUUAAUGUCUGUGGGCUGCUACAAGGGAUUGCAGGCCUCUUCCUUAUCUUAGGCUUGAUACUUUACCCUGCAGGUUGGGGAUGCCAGAAAGCAAUAAGCUAUUGUGGACCUUACGCUUCUGCUUACAAACUUGGAGACUGCUCCUUGGGCUGGGCUUUCUACACAGCUAUCGGUGGCACUAUUCUGACGUUCAUCUGUGCAGUCUUCUCGGCGCAAGCUGAAAUAGCCACAUCCAGUGACAAAGUGCAAGAAGAAAUAGAAGAAGGAAAAAACCUUAUCUGCCUCCUUUAACUUUGGCGGGGAAAAAUAACCAGCACCUGAUCUUAAUCUGCUUUCCGUUGACUGGACAAGCAGAUCUGCUUACCCGUUUCUACCAUUUGUGUGAUUGAGCCCCAUGCAUUCCAGCCGUGAACUACUGAAAUGGUCUUUCUUCCUUGCUGGGCAAUGAGGAUCAGA